AUGGUUCCGAGCGAUCGUCCACCUGCCUAUGUGGCGACUACUGCGUAUCGUAUUACUUCCAACCAGACAACAAAUACGUCUGGAGUUGCGGAUGUUUUAUUCCCAAGUCUGGGGCGCCGAUUAACCUUUGCGGGCACGAGGGCAUCAACAUCUUUGGGAAAGUCCGACAUCACUGCUGCAGUGCAACACGUGAAUCAAUUAGUGAAAAAGGGAAGAGAACUUCUCGAACGAAAGUUUGACAAUUCGACUGAUGAGGAAAAGGAGAAUUUUCUCCAGAGAAUUUCUGACAUUGUACAAGAUCAAGUUCAACAACCAUAUAUUUUCGAUAUAAGUCAACGACCGAGAGCUCUCAAGUUACGAAGAUCUUUUGCAGAGCACACAGUUGAGGAAUUCCUUGAAAUGGUGUUGAAAAGGGAUUUUCGAGCACAGAAUGAAGUGUAUAUAGCUGCUUUUCAUUGCCUGGAAGAGAUUUCAAAGGCAUCCACAGGCUACUGGGAUCUGUAUGAGCGAUUUGACGAGGUGAUCUCAUUACUGAAUCAAUUGCGAUUGCAAUACUCAAAGAGAAUCUAUUUAAAGUGUUAUUUUUCGACGUCAUUAAAAGAAGAAUGGCUGUUGCUGGAGAAAUUGUUGCCAUCAAAAGAUAGAAGCAACUCAAAGUGUCGAUUCAUUCGGAAAGAUUUAAGUGAAGUGAGAGGAUUUGAAGGAAAAUGGAGAUCGGAAGAGGUCUUUCUUAUGCCAAACGAGGCCAACUUUGACAAGUUAGAGUUUAUGGAGAAUUUGCCACUCGAUUUGGAUGUGAUGGUGACUGGAUUGAAUCGGGCAAAGUACCGUCUGGAGAGGCCUCGAUCUGCCAAUACCUGGCUAUAUCUUUCAACUAAAAUCCCCACCAAGACACGAGUGCAAGUGUACCCCGAUUUGCGGGGUGAGCGGUGGAUUCCC